UCGCCGACGCUUUUCUUCACCAGCCCAGCCAAGUCUUUAGAGCGUCUUGGCCUGCACCUCCUCCUCCGUCCCCAUCGCAUCCAGGACGCCCCAGCGCCGUUGGUGCUCCUUCGACCCGGGCCUCCUACCGCGAGCCCUCCACCCGUCCUUCCCUCGAGUCUCAUCAUGAGAGCGCUGUCCGUCUUCUAUCUGCUCCUGGCCCUGCUGGGCUCAGUCGUCAGCCAAUCAUCUGACAUUCUGGGCAACUGCUGCUACUUUGCCCCCACCAGCGUCAUCAGCCCAAGCGAAUACUGGUUCAACUUCACGGCCGUCGAUCUGGUCGCCCCUGUCGGCUCGCUCACGAUCGUUACGCUGCCUGCUGGGUGGACGCUGUCGCCCAAUCUCGAUGGAACCGCCCUCUGUACCUCUCUCCAAGUCGGUACUGUCAACUGCACCACCAACCGCGUUGCCGCCCUGCGUUUGACUGCUCCGGCCGCCUCCGUCGGUCCUCCCCAAGGAAGCAACGUUGUGCUGAUGGUCGGCACCGACCAAUGUAUUCUGACCGACAAAUGCGGCUCCUCCGUCGUCACUGCCCCGCCCAGCGCCAGCAGCGGUCUUAUCAACAUGGGUCCCUUGGGUCAGCAGCCUCUGUGGCUCUUCAUCGUUGUCGUCGUCGGUUGCUCUCUCUUUGUGAUCGGUGUCGGCUACGUCCUGUACCGGCGAUACUAUGUCCCGCGCGCUGACCGUGAUGAUCCAGAGCUCAAGCGUCCGAUCGAAUAUUCGGCCGGGUCGAUGCUCGCUCAGUCGGCUGCAGCCAACCCAGCUCCGACGCAGCAUCGAGACGUUCCCAGGAUCUCCACCAAGGUCCACAACGGCCACGGCCACCUUUCCCCGUCUUCGUCUCGCGCUGGGUUUGACAGCGCCCAGGGCCACGGCUAUCCGUCCUCCGAUCCCUCCUAUGUUGCCUCGGCAGAGUCCAUCGCACGAAGUCCUGCAUCCCGCCGCGAAGGCACGCCUCGCACCGCCACAUACAAAGGCGAGUCUCUCCCACGCAAGUCCAUCGGCAGCAGCACCGACCCUCGUCUGUACUCAUCGCGAUCCAGAGGCCAACUGGUUUCGCCCCGGGUCGAUAGUGAAGAUGAAGACGACGAAACGGCCAUGGCUCAGCGCCUGGCUACCAUCUCGCGACCAUCCAAGUCUGGCGACAGUGGCAUGGCCCUCGGCAGCGGUCUGGGCGACCAGUUUGUGCCUGUGCAUUCGAUCGUCCGGAUAGAAGAAGACGAGCCCCUUGCAAAUACCCUCCGUCGACACGGCAACAAGACCCCGACUCCGCUUGUUUCGUUCCCAACAGCGGCCCACACUGCUGCCGAGUCUGAUCAGGUCAGUCCCCGGCCUCAUGUUUCUUCACCCCCUCCCAGCGGCCCGCUCCUCAGCUUCCGCGAAGAGGCCGAGCCGUCCAGCCAGUCCCGGCGGAAUUCGCUCCCGCGACCGGCUCGACACGGCCACACAAAAUCUACCGACCGCCUUGUUGAGCAGGCCGCCCCACUCGUCAGCUUCAACGAUGAACGCCCUUCCACCGCGGCCUCGUUGGAUCGGCGCAAGCAAGCUAAAUACGACACCGGAUCGAUGGAGCGCAAGAAGACCAACAAAGCCGACAGCACGUCGCUGGAGCGCCGAAAAAGCCCCCGGACCGACAGCACGACGCUUGAGCGCCGGCACCAGCACGAGCUAUUGCCUCCAAGCGACUCGCUGUCUCCUCGAUCCCCGGAUCGCGGACAAAAGUCGCUGGACCGCUCGUCCCGCAGCAAGCGUGCAACCGAACCAGCCGACGACGAUAUUCCCUUGGCCAGCGUUGCCCUUCGAGCUCUGCAGAAGCAGCUACAGUCGCAGCAGCCCGAAGACAGUUCGCGAUCCCGGUCGUGAGGCCGACUCUGAUCCGGCGAGCCGUUGGCUGUCCACACCGACAGCUACGCCAGCUCGGGCUUGGCCAAAGCGCCGACUGCGAACAAGGAUUCCUGAUGGCAUACGACCAUGACCCCCUUCUGAUAGCACAGGCUCAUUGAUGCGGUGUUUCUUUGGAUUCCGGUCUCGCUAAUGCACUUGAUGCGUGUGAUGCGUGUGAUGCGUGCGAUGCGUGCGAUGCGUGUGAUGCGUGCAACCCUAUCUAUGCCACGGAGUCCAUCUGUGACUCUAUCAGGGCGACACUGCCUCCUUUCCCUUCGCGUAGAUGUGCUGCUCUACCGCAGUCAAUAGAUUUUGUCGACUGGCU